GGAGGGAACCCUAUCCUCCAGGCGAGAGCGAUGCACGCGCGGGUCGCUGCACGCGCGGGUUGCAAUACAACGCAUCAAACACGCCCUUAUCGCUAGUGCAGAAGCAGAGCACCACCUCGACAAUGGCCGCCGCUUUCUCCUCCUCCACCUCCUCGUCGCCGUCCGCCCACCACCCCUUCCCAUUCCCGGCGCCUCCGACCCCACCCAGAGCCCACCGCACGCGCCUCCGCCUCAGCAUCCGCCUGGCCGCCUCCUCGAGGUGGGUGAACCGCGGCCGGGCCCCGCCGGAGCGCGGCGCCGGCGCGGGCAACUCCAUAUGGGUCAACCCGACCGCCCCAUCCCGCCCCGGCCAGGCGGGACAGAAGCUCCGCCGCCUGGUCCAGCUCGGGGACCUGGACGCGGCGCUCCGCCUCCUGGCCGCCUCCCCGCCCCUCGCCUCCUCCGACCCGCCGGCCGUCGUCGCCUGCAACAUCCUCAUCAAGAAGCUCUGCGCCCAGCGCCGCCUCGCCGACGCGGAGCGCGUGCUCGACGCGCUCAAGGCGGCCGGCGCGGCGGACCCCGUCUCCCACAACACGCUCGUCGCCGGGUACUGCCGCGACGGCCGGCUGGCGGACGCCGAGCGCCUCCUCGCGGCGGCCGGCCUCUCCGGGGCCGCCAACGUCGUCACCUACACCACGCUCAUCAACGGCUACUGCCGCUCCGGCAGGCUCGCCGACGCGCUCGCCCUCAUCGCCUCCAUGCCCGUCGCGCCGGACACCUACACCUACAACACCGUGCUCAUGGGCCUGUGUGGCGCCCGCCAGUGGGAGGACGCCGAGGCGCUCAUGGCCGAGAUGGUCAGGAACCACUGCCCUCCCAACGAGGUCACGUUCGCCACGCAGAUCCGCGCUUUCUGCCAGAACGGGCUGCUCGACCGCGCCGUCCAGCUGCUCGACCGAAUGCCUCAGUAUGGAUGCACGCCUGACGUUGUCAUCUACAGCACCCUGGUGAACGGGUUCUCGGAGCAAGGCCGCGUGGACGACGCCAUCGAGCUGCUCAACGGCAUGCUGUGCAAGCCCAACACCGUUUGUUACAAUGCCGCGCUGAAAGGUUUGUGCAUCGCCCAGCGUUGGGAGGAUGUCGGACAGCUGAUUGUGGAGAUGGUUAGGAAAGACUGCCUGCCGAAUGAGGCGACAUUCAGCAUGCUGACCAGUUGCUUGUGCCAGAAUGGGUUGGUUGAUUGCGCGAUGGAGGUUCUUGAGCAGAUGCACAAGUAUGGAUGCAGACCCGAUGCUGUCAUUUACAAUACACUGAUCUAUUCCUUUUCGGAACAAGGCCGUGUCGAUGACGCACUCAAGUUACUAAACAGCAUGCCGUGCAGUCCUGACGUCAUUAGCUUUAAUGCUGCGUUGAAGGGUUUAUGCAGAGCUGAGCGAUGGGAUGAUGCCGAGGAGCUUAUAGUGCAGAUGCUUAGGGAGGACUGUCCCCUAAUUGAAAUGACUUUCAAUAUACUCAUUGACUCGCUGUGCCAGAAUGGCCGGGUAAACAACGCAAUUGAAGUGUUUGAGCAGAUGCCAAAGUAUGGAUGUACACCUGAUAUUGUCACAUACAGUAGCCUUAUUAAUGGCCUUUCUGAACAAGGGCUCGUGGAGUCCGCCAUUGAGUUGUUUCAAAGCAUGCCAUGUAAGCCUGAUAUCUUUGGCUACAAUGCUGUGCUGAAGGGCUUGUGCAGAGCUGCGCGAUGGGAGGAUGCUGGUGAGCUUAUAUCUAACAUGGCUAGAAAGGAUUGCCCCCCAAAUGAAAUCACAUUCAAUAUACUAAUCAAUUCCCUGUGCCAAAAAGGGCUUGUCGAUCGUGCAAUUGAGGUGUUCGAGCAAAUGCCAAAGUACGGAAGUACACCUGAUAUUUUCACAUACAAUGCCCUUAUCAAUGGCUUUUCUGAACAAGGCCGUCUGGAUGAUGCCCGGAGGUUAUUAAGCACUAUGUCAUGCAAGCCCGAUGCCGUGUCUUAUAAUUCUGCGUUGAAGGGUUUAUGUAGAGCUGAACGAUGGAAGGAAGCAGAGGAGGUUGUGGCUGAGAUGCUUAGAAUGAAGUGCCCCCCAAAUGAAGUAACAUUCAAGUAUGCAAAUCGAUUAUUCGUACCAAACAGGGUAACUUGAGUCAUCCUUUUGAAUCUAUUAAGAAAAUGCCAAUCCUGAAGUUACGCUUUGCCAUCUACGCUGCCCCUGUCAAAGGCGAUUUUGCAAGCAAGAGCCUGAAGGAUGCCCUGAGUUACGAAUCAGUACUUGUGCAGGCCUGCCAGAGUCUGCUCUUAUGCUUCAUCAAAGGAUUUGUGAUAAUGCCAGAGUUUCUGGUUGAGAUUAGCACGGGAGGGUAAUCCAAAAAAGGCCUCUUUUGGUUAGGCUGGAAUUAGCCAGGAUCAUGGCCCGCUUCAUGCUAGCGACAGAAAACAUGAGGUAGGCAACUGGAGGCAGCGGAGGCCCACAUCUCUCAGGCAAACUUUUAAUUUCUCCUCUUCCUGCAACUUGUACGGCCGAACUGAGACAACUGUGCCCCCACCUACUUCUUUCCGUACUUGACCUCCGGUGGCAACGACAAUGGUGGCUUGAUUCUCUCCUAUAUUGCGACUACUGCUAGCAGGAGGGAGUUUCUUGAUUAAGGAACAAAAUAUAUUUUGUAGUAAGGAGAAAAUUCAGUUGGAACAACUAAUUAUUUGUCAGUUACCAAGUGUGCUCAGAGCCUCAGAUGUUCUAUUCUAUCUGAAAUGGUUGAAAAAACUGAAAAGCAUUGUACUUCUGAGUAAUUCUGAAAAUCCAUGGUUUCAUUCA